AUGACAACACUAAGACCAUCAAGGGGAGAUCCGGGGAUACAUGAAGUAUGGGCAGAUAACCUCGAAACGGAGUUCGCAGCGUUACGAGCAGCCGUAGAUCAGUAUCCGUUCAUAUCGAUGGAUACAGAAUUCCCUGGGAUAGUAGCUCGACCAAUAGGUAACUUCAAGACCGGAUCAGAUUAUCAUUUCCAAACUAUGAGAUGUAACGUGGAUAUGCUAAAGAUCAUCCAGCUGGGUAUAACGUUAUGCGACGAGCAUGGGAAUUCUCCUGAGAUAUCAACUUGGCAGUUCAAUUUUGCUUUUAACCUAUCCGAUGACAUGUACGCUCCCGAUUCGAUAGACCUGCUCAAAAACUCCGGUAUCGAUUUCAAGCGGAACGAGGAAGAAGGUAUCGACGUAGAGUACUUUGGAGAAUUGUUGAUAACGUCUGGAUUGGUGUUGUUCGAUAAUAUUAAAUGGGUUUCGUUCCAUUCCGGAUACGACUUUGGAUACCUCCUCAAAAUCCUCACUUGCGAACCUCUACCCGCCAACGAAACAGAUUUCUUCAACCUUCUCUUCCUUUGGUUCCCUUGCAUAUACGAUAUCAAGCAUGUCGUGAGGUCCGUCAAGACGCUGAGAGGUGGUUUACAGGAGAUUGCUGAGUCUUUAGGAGUGACCAGGAUAGGUCCUCAACAUCAAGCAGGAUCCGAUUCACUCCUUACUGCUGCUGUGUUUUUCAGAAUACGAUCGAAUUAUUUCGAUAAUAACCUGAAUGACGAUUACUACAAAAACUACCUAUACGGCUUCUCAUCAGGACGACACGGUAAAAUCUCACCGCCGGUCGCACCAACAGGUUUGAUAGGGAAUGAAAAGCCUUACUAG